AUGGCAGGGAAAGUCGUGGGAGAAACGUUACAAAGCUACCAUCCGCAUAGCAUCAAUGCCUUGUGUAUAAAUGGAAAGAGGCAGUCUCCAAUCGACUUAGACAUAGGAAAAGCUAUAGUCAUGCGGUGGCCACCUCUACACUUUCACCAUUAUGAUGCUCCGGGUUACAUCACUUCUCACAAAUAUGGUCAACCUGAACUGGCGCAGAAUUUCCGGAAUGGGGAACGGCCAUAUAUAACAGGUGGUGGUCUUAUGGGAAAAUAUUACUUGCAACAAUUUCAUUUCCAUUGGGGUGAAGACGACAGCUCGGGUAGCGAACACACUGUUGCGAGAUUACAUUAUCCUGUAGAGAUUCACUUUGUGCACAUUCUGGAAGGUUACAACGCGACAACGGCUUUGGAAAAUCCUGAAACUAUUGCAGUGGUUGCGGUUUUUCUACAACCAGCAACCAAAGGACAACCAUUGACAGAUUUAGAGAAAGCUUUCGACAGUACCAAUAUCAGAAGUACUCAGAGUGGUUCUGUGGAAUAUAUUCCACAAGGAUUUCUACCAAGAGACACAUCAACAUUUUUUCGCUAUGAAGGUUCCCUCACAACACCACCAUGCACUGAAGGAGUCAUAUGGACCAUUUUAGCCGAGCCAAGCUAUAUCUCAGAGCAGCAGCUAGACUUCCUACGCAGUCACAUAUCUGCCGAACGACAAGAACUUUUACAUUCUUGGAGAGAAGUUCAGCCAUUGCACAAUAGGCCAAUUUAUCUCAACAAACUCAAGGUUCUCAUCAAGUCUAUGAAUUUUGAAGAAAUUGCACCUUUAGUGGCUUUUCUGAUCAUUACACUUAUUACUACUGCAAUAUUCGUCCAAUAUGCCUAUGAAAUGGAAAUAUUUACUUGA